AUGCAAGAUAACAUCCGUUGGAAUCCCAAUUUUGACGAAAAAGCUUACAUUGGUGCAACUGCUUUAAAACAAGGCGAAGAUGCUUAUAUUCGGAAUGCUUUCAAUCAAGCGGAAUGCGAUAAAUUGCCUACUGAUCGAGGUGUACCGGACACGCGUGAUUAUAGCUGCAGAUCAUUAGAAUACAAGCACAAGUUGCCCACAACCUCUGUUAUCAUUACAUUUCAUAAUGAAGCUCGAUCCGCUUUACUUAGAACAAUUCGCAGUGUUCUAAACCGUAGUCCAUCCGAGCUAUUAAAAGAAAUUAUUCUUGUCGACGACUUUAGUGACAAUGCAAACGAUGGCAGGCUCUUAAAAAUCUUACCGAAAGUGAAGACUUUGCGAAAUAAUAAACGAGAAGGGUUAAUUCGAUCUAGGGUGAGAGGUGCUGAUCUAGCAAAAGGCGAUGUGUUAACAUUUUUAGACAGCCACUGCGAAGUAAAUGAACGUUGGUUGGAACCUCUAUUAAGUCGAGUUGCACAGAAUGAAACUAUAGUUGUUAGCCCUAUAAUCGAUGUUAUCCACAUGGAUACGUUUAAUUACAUAGGUAGCUCCGCAGAUUUAAAAGGAGGAUUUGGAUGGAAUCUUAAUUUUAAGUGGGACAGCAUGACAUCUGAAGAGCAAUCACAGCGGGCCGCUCACCCGACACGACCUAUAAAAACACCAAUGAUUGCAGGAGGCCUCUUUUCUAUCAGUAAGAAUUGGUUCAUAAAAAGUGGAAAGUAUGAUAUGGGAAUGGACGUUUGGGGAGGAGAAAAUCUUGAAAUAUCUUUACGUAUUUGGAUGUGUGGGGGAAGCCUUGAGAUUGUCCCAUGUUCCCGAGUUGGUCAUGUAUUUCGCAAACGGCAUCCGUAUACCUUCCCUGGGGGUGGUGGCUUCGUAUUUGCAAAGAAUACCAGAAGAGCAGCGGAAGCAUGGAUGGAUGGAUAUGCAAAAUUUUAUUACAAAAGAGAACCUGGAGCCAGGGGCGUUCCUUAUGGAGAUAUUAGCGAUCGCCUGAAAUUAAGAGAGAAAUUGAAGUGUAGAUCAUUUAAAUGGUAUAUGCGCAAUGUCUACCCAGAACUGAAUGUUCCUGAAGGCGUAAAUGAUAAAUUUGGCGAAUUGCGCCAAGGGGGCAAAUGCCUCGACUCUAUUGGUGGUAAGCCGGGCGAUAGAGUUUCAACUUUCCCUUGCCAUGGCGGCGGCGGAAAUCAGGCAUGGGACAUGACAAAAGAUAAGAUUAGAAACAACUUUAUACAACGAUGCUUAACCAUCUCGUCAAGCGGAGAAAUUGUCGCUGAUCCCUGCGAAGACGAUAAUGAAAAGCAAAUAUGGCAAUUGAAGGAAUCAUAA